UGAUACCACAGUGAAGUGCGAUGGAUCCCGGCUAAAUUCAAAACAAAAUAAUGAUACUAUAAAUAUUACAUGGAGUAUUAACGGGCAGGAUUAAUUAAGUGGCAUUACAAACUGAUAUACACUGCAUCAAAAUGUCGGUCGUAAUUGAGACGACCAUUGGUGACGUUACCGUGGAUUUGUUUUUAGCUCAGCGCCCCAAAGCAGCGCUAAAUUUCCUGAAAUUGUGCAAACUCAAAUACUAUAACUACAACUUGUUUCAUACCAUUCAACAUGGAUUCAUCGCUCAGACAGGAGAUCCCAGUGGUUCUGGUGAUGGAGGCUCUUCGUUUUGGGGAGUUCUGGAGGGGAAACACAAACGAUACUUCGAAGGUGAAACAGUGCCAAAAAUGAAGCACACUGAACCCGGUCUGUUGUCAAUGGUCUGCGCUGGCGAGGGUUUGAUUGGAUCGCAGUUUUUCUUUACGUUGGGCCCCGAGCUGAUUUCCCUGGAUGGCGGAGGGCACGUCGUUAUUGGCGAAGUAACCGAAGGACAUGAGGUGCUGCGGAAGCUCAACGAAACUAUUUGCGAUGAGAAAAAUCGACCAUACAAGGAUGUUAGAAUCACUCACACCGUCAUUCUUGAGGACCCCUUCGAUGACCCGAGGGGUUUCAGAGAGCCAAGUAGAUCACCUUCACCAUCUGCGGAGCGGCUGGCCGGGGGCAGGAUAGGAGCGGAUGAGGACAUUGACGACACCGAUGGGAAAACAGCGGAGGAAAUUGCAGAAAUGUUCGCUGAACGAGAGGCGAAAGCCCGCGCCACGAUUCUGGAGAUUGUGGGUGACAUACCGGAUGCGGACGUUGCUCCACCGGAAAAUGUUUUGUUUGUGUGCAAACUGAAUCCGGUCACUACGGAUGACGAUUUGCAAAUCAUUUUUAGUCGUUUCGGAAAAAUAAAGGGAUGUGAAGUUAUUCGGGACAAAGUUAGUGGCGAUUCAUUACAGUAUGCUUUUAUUGAGUUUGAGGAUAAGAAAUCCUGCGAGGAUGCUUACUUUAAAAUGGACAAUGUGUUGAUUGACGAUCGGCGGAUUCAUGUAGAUUUCUCCCAAUCCGUUUCGAAGGUUCGUUGGAGGGGCAAAGGCAAAGGUAUUGAAUAUUUUGAUGGAAGUGACAAGAAGGAUUUCAAAAAUAUUGGUCAUAAAGAUUACGAUGAUGUUGGUUAUAAAGGUCGAAAACGUACCACUGGUAGUCCCAAGAAAACUUCAAAGUCUUUUUCAUCUAGCAGAUCUCGAUCUCGUAGCCCUAAGAAACGGCAUAGAAGUCCGGUCAGACAACAGGGUAAUGGAGGAGGCAACCGUGACAAAAGGCGUUCUCCUUGGCGUACAAACGGUGGUAAUGACAACCGUGGAGACAAUGUAGGAAAUCGCGAUAAAAAGGUUCGGUUGUCGGAGAGCAAUACUGGUUAUCGCGAGGAACGCAAUGGCCGAAAUAUUCGGGUCGAACAUGGCAAGGUAGACUAUAAAAAUCGCCCAUAUCCAAACACAUUUUUGAAGAGAAAUGCGCCUGAUGGUCGUUCUGGAACGAAUCGAGGCAGCAGUCACAACGCUCGCCGUUCCCGUUCGCCAGUUGGAAACCGCCAACGUCGUCGGUCUCAUGAUCGUCUUCGCCCUUCCCGUUCGCGAUCCGGCAGCGCAAGUCAACGCAGGAAUGCGGAAUCCACAGAUCACAACAAAUCAGGCGAAAGUAAGCACAGGACGAAGAGUCCAGUGAAUCAUCGUUCGCGAGAUAGAUCUGCACGAAGUCGAUCUUUGGAUCACAGAUCAUCGAAUCGCAAGCAGUCACUUGUUGAUGAACGAGAUACUAAACGCAAUCGGAGCAAACGAGACGUCGAUGUGGCUCCAACUCGCCGGUAUUCAUCACCCCCGAAAAGAAAAUCAUCUUCAACCAGUGACAAACGCAAGAAGGCUAAGAAAAGGGAUUGUACUUCUGAUUCCUCCGAAUCUGUUUUUUCUGAGGACUCUUCUUCUUCCGAUGAUGAACGUUCUAAGAAAAAGAAGAAGAAAUCAAGCAGUAAGAAAAAAAUCAAGAAAAAUAGAAAGCGCGCUUCUAGUGAUAGUAGCAGCGAUUCCAGUUCCGAGUCUAGCGACGAAGAAAAACACAAGAAAAAGAGUAAAAGCAAGAAAAAGAAGAAGUACUGAGGAACACACAUCUGAUAAAUUGUAACUAAUAAUAUUGAUUCAAUUUAAUAACAUGUAAAUUUCAAUUUCAAAUUGGGUAAUUCUCAAAGCUGAGUGGAAAGAAACAAGAUAUAAAAAUAUAAAAUCUAAGAU